GUUGUUGAGCUCUUUCGGCGGGUCUGUGUGAGAGUAGGGGUACGGACGCCAUGCUGCUUUCUGCCGUCUCUUUUGCCAAGAGCAAGUCAAAAACUAUUCUGGUAAAACUGGUGAGCCAAGCCGGGACAGGUUUCUCCUUCAACUACAAGAGAAGCCGACUCCGAGAGAAGCUGACCCUUCUGCACUAUGAUCCAAUAGUGAACAAAAAAGUUCUCUUUGUGGAACAGAAAAAAAUACGCUCCCUCUGAGUAGUGGAUUGGAAAUGAACUUGAUUCAUAAAUGAGAAGACCGAGGGUGAGGCACCGUUCUGAACUCUUCAGUGUGCAACGAAGAUGGGGAAACUGUGGCAUGGCCUCUGGGGAUCUGAAGGGACAAUGCAGAGAAAGAAAGUCCUUUAUAGAGAUCACAUAUUUAUCUCUGGAUGCUUUAUAGGCCCUAAUAAAAAAAUAUUGAAAUAGCCUGUA